UCCAGUGACCUUCCAAUACAUGACGGCGAGGAAGAGAGAUGACGAUGGGCGAGCAAGGUAGGGAAAGAAGAUCCAAGGCGAGAGGGAGGAGUUUGGUGAGAAUUCGGGGUAUAAAAGCUCUACAAACUCAUCCUCCAGCAUCAGACGCCAGUCUCUCCUUCCAGCUGACUCAGGAUCUAUAUUCUUCUUUUCCAGGUCAUCCAUUUGCUGGACGGCAACCAUGAAGGCUCUCCUGUUCAUUGUUCUGCUGGGUUUAUCCACCGCUGAUAAACGUCCUCCCACAAGUUACGGAGCACCUAAUGGAGGUUUCGGUAAUGGGUUUGGUGCGUCAAAUGGAGCCCCAAGCAAUGGAUAUACGCCUCCAGGAAGCAAUGGCUUAGGAGCUUCUCCAAGUAACGGAAAUGGAUUUGGAAUCUCCUCAGGCAAUGGGUUUGCAGGUGCUCCAAGUAAUGGAUAUGGAGCUCCCCCAAGUAACAGGUAUGGUCCCCCAACAGGUUCUUAUGGACUAGAUCCGGAGCUGGUUGCUCUGCAGGAGAACAUCCCUGGAGGAGGCGUUCCCGGUGAGGACUACCCAGUCUUGUCUUCUCCACCAGACACUGGCUUCUCUUGUGAUGACCAGGCAGUGCCUGGUUAUUACGCUGACACCGCUCCUGAUGCCAGCUGCCAGGUGUUCCACAUUUGCCAGGACCGUGCCCUCAGACGCCAGAAGGACUCAUUCCUGUGCCCCAACGGUACCAUCUUCAACCAGCAGUACCUGGUGUGUGACUGGUGGUUCAACGUAGACUGUUCUCAGGCUGAGAACUUCUACUCCGUCAACGAACAGAUUGGUGUCGUCCCCAGUGCUGGCUAUGGUUAUGGUCCCAUUGCUAAUGGUAUUGCCAAUGGUAAUGGUUAUGCAAAUGGAAAUGGAUCCAACGGAAAUGGCGCCAAUGGUAAUGGCAGGACAGGAAACAAUGGAUACGGAUCCAAUGGAGCUGGAAGAAAUGGAAACGGAGCUGGAAAUGGUUCCAAUGGUAAUGGUAGAAAUGGAAACAAUGGUUAUGGAUCCAAUGGAAAUGGAAGAAAUGGGAAUGGCGCUGGUAAUGGUGCCAGUAAUGGGUAUAGUGCUCCAGUUGCUCCCUCAGAUUCCUAUGGAACUCCAUUUUAA